AUGCGGAGGAUGAAGAUGUUGGCGUUGAUUUCACUCAUGAGAGGGGCGACACCGGAACGGGCGUGGUGCGCCUCUCGGCCGGAUACCCAUGGACUUUUCCGGUUUUCGAUUGCCGAAUAUGUUGAUCCCGCGGCGAUUCGCCAACGCCGUCAACCGACUCGGCCAUCAUGUGGGGAAUACCUUCAAGGAGACGUCCUUGACCCUCCGAACCUCGGUCGCCAUUCGCGUGAGAAGCGAGAGGGGGGUUUCACUUGUGUAGCAAAGGCCUUUGCCCGAAGAGUUCCUUUGAAACAAGCCGCGACCGCCACAAGUGCACCAUCCCCCAUUCCGAACCAUCCCUACCCCGCUCUCAGAGAUCCGCGAUUUCAAGAUCCCGGAUCCAAUGAUUGCGGGCGGUCUACCAUGGUUGUUCCCAGGUCCCACAGAUGGUCUUCACCGAAGCGCAACUCUGGUGACUCCUUUCUCUUCUCCAGUGUGCCAACUUCGGCGGAAUCAUGGUCGGGACAGGGCUGGAAAGUGACAUGGCUGUACGCGGGUUGCUACGAAGUGGGAAACGUCUAA